AGUUUAAAUAUUUUGCAGAUCUGUAAAUUAUCUGUCGAAUUUGGAACAAUAAUAACCUCUAUGUGGACGUUAAUCACUAUUAUGGCCAAAUUCACUGUUGUCAAUCUGAAGCGUCCAUGUGAUCGCGAGCAACACGCGGGAAACAAGCUCGACCGAUUCAUUAAACUAAGCCUCCAGACUUAUAUAUACGUAUUCACGCAUCUGUCUUAAUAUAUGUUGUUAUUACAUUUUUUUUUGUCUAUAUACUGAUUUCGUUGGACAAAGGUGAUGAUGCUGAGCUCUAAACUGCUGACCCUGGUUCUGGUAGUGCAGCCUGGCCGGGUGUUAUUGGGCAUGAAGAAAAGAGGCUUUGGAGCGGGCAAAUGGAAUGGGUUUGGAGGGAAAGUCCAGACUGGAGAGACCAUCGAGCAGGCUGCCCGACGGGAGCUGCUAGAGGAAAGUGGCCUCACUGUUGACACCCUUCUCAAGAUUGGAAAUAUCAAAUUUGAGUUUAUUGGGGAAACAGAACUGCUCGAUGUCCACAUUUUCAGAGCUGACACCUAUAAAGGAGAGCCAACCGAAUCAGACGAGAUGAGGCCACAGUGGUUUGACACAGACAAAAUCCCUUUCAGCCAGAUGUGGGCAGAUGAUGUCCUGUGGUUCCCACUGAUGCUUCAGAAAAAGAAGUUCUUGGGAUAUUUUAAAUUCCACGGUCAUGAUGUGAUAGUGGAGCAUAAACUGGAGGAGGUGGACGACGUUUGAUUGGGGUUUUAAUUCCAUUGAUGGACAUUGCCACUGUAUCAGUGGAAAUUAUCCAGCAAAAGCUGAUGCUCACACAUGAAAAUAACGUUAUCCAUUAGUUUGAUGUUUCAUUUAUAUUUUGGUUGAAUCCUCAUAUGCAUCAUGAUCUGUAUUCCAAUGUUUUGUUUUUACCUGUUUCUUUUUUCCUCAUUCUUACAACGGUUUUUCCAUCAGUAGUGUACAUAAAGUUCAUUUCUAUCUAAAGUUCUCUCAACUACUUGUCAUCUAAAAAAAAAAAACAAGUUUAAUCGGAAGUUUAUCUUGAUUAAAUAUUCUGAUGUACA